GUCCUCCUUAGCGCUGCACAAAACAGCCCAUUUGCACACCCCAGCGUCCGCAGCUCCACAGUCGUGCUCCAAAUCACCGCUCGAGACGCUGGGUGCAGCACGAAAGCGCGCGGACGAACUGCUUUCAUAGAUCCACAUAUCGCCUCCUGGCAGCCACGCGCACGAAUGCGCGACGGCGGACGCCGGCCAUCGCCGCAGCGCCGGAGAGCCCGCUUCGAGCCGCCGAGCGCAUCGCACACGACGAAACGCGACGAAACCGCGAUGUAACACGCAGGUCUCGAAAAAACCACCGCGCCACCCUUGACAAAAACUAGGCCAAGAUGCGUUCGUUCGUCACCGCAAUGGGCCUCGCCUUCUACAGGGGCGAGUGCCUGUUCAUCCCCAAGGAGGGCACGAGGCGGCUCGCUCCGUUGAAAGCGGCGACUUUAGAUCCAAUCACGUCCCUCCAGCCGAAGGACCACCUCCAGGCCUUCGCGGAUACGUGUGAUGACGCCAUCGCGGACAAGCGCCGCAUCGACGAGGCCGUGGCGCUGUUCGACUACACCGCGACGUUACGCUACGACAACUCCAAGCCUGCGGACUACGCGGGCCAAGGUGCUGUUAAAAGAGGUCUCGGUCGCUUGCUCCACACGGAGGAGGCUGAAUCGUGGAGGUGGGCCCACGUCGUGAACGACGACGACGGCGCGCGAGCGCGGCUGACCGCGACGCGUGCCGACGGCAAGGGCGACGCGCACCUAGAUCUCGAAGCGACGUUGUUGGACGACGGCGCCAUCUCUUCACUGAACGUCGUACCCGUAGACCAGGCCUCGAAGAAGUGGCUCGAUCUGGUUAUAGAGGGCAAAGAACCAGGCUUAGACGGAGGCCCGAAGUGGGAAACUUUUGAUGGGCGCGUAAGGCAGCAGAUCUGGCAGCGCACGGGCUUGUUCGACGAAGGCAACACCUUCAUCAAAGAUAAAUUAGAACUCACGACGGGUCGCAUCAUAUGUAUUGUCGACAAGACUGUGUGGGGGCUCUACGAAGGUCAGAUGAGGACGUGGGCUCAAUCAGUAGAUCUGGAGCUCGAACCGAUCAUCGCCCCGGGCAACGAGGACGAGAAGUCCAUGGAGAACAUGCUGUUUUUGCUCGACGAAUUAAAGCGCGUAGACCCUCUGAGAAGAGCAGAACCGGCGUUGGCCAUCGGCGGCGGCGUCCUCACGGACACGGCGGGCUUCGCCUGCGCUCUCUGGCGACGGGGCGUCCCCUGGGCGCGUUUACCGACAACGCUGCUGGGCAUGGUCGACGCAUCAGUAGGUAUCAAGGUCGCGGUGAACUAUCAUCGGAAGAACGGCGUCGGGCACUUCUAUUCCCCGAUCCACACCUUCGUCGAUGCGGCGUUCUUGCCUACUUUGGAGCGGGCCGACGUUAUUUCGGCUUGUGGCGAAAUCAUGAAAGCUGCCUUGGUUCAUGACGCUUCUCUGUUUGAUCUGAUGGAAACGCACGGUCGCCGAUUAGUAGAGAGGAACUUCGUGGACGACGAGAUUGCGGAUGAGAUCAUUAAGAGAAGUGUAGAUACGAUGCUCGAGUGCAUCGGGCCGGAUUUGUGGGAAGAAUCGCUACUGAGACCGAUGGACUUUGGGCAUUCGUUUUCUCGUACGCUGGAGACGGACGAGCGCUUCAAGCUGCGCCAUGGCGAGGCCGUGGCCAUUGAUUGCGUCAUGAACUCGAUGAUCGCGAACGUCCAGGGACACUUGUCCGACGCCGAUGCGCAGAGAGUGCUAGAUGUAUACGCGAAAAUUGGCCUACCCUGCUCGAUCGAAGGCAUCACGGCCGAAACGUAUAAGAGGGCCGCGCGCGACAUUACGGUGCAUCGCGAUGGCAUCCUGAGAGCGCCCUUACCCGGAGGCAUCGGUCACUGCGUUUAUACGGACUCGAUGCCGGACGGAGACAUCGAAAGGGCCUUUGCUAAAUUAGAGGCGUUCAUCGACACGCACCCGGAGACGAAGUGGAACCUGGGCUGGUCCUUCGCGGCGCAAUCGUAGGCUAUCUCCGUCGGCGACGCGCGAAAUUAACCCCCGGCGCGGCCGGCCACAUCGUCCCCUCAUGUUUGCACAGUUCGGUCUAAGUAUUGCCGAU